AUGACAGCAGAGCCAGUAUCUCCAGAAUUCGAGUAUGUUAACCUCUCGCGUGGGAGUUUUGCACUCUGGUGGUGCAUACUACUUGCUGUUCACUUGGUGACGAGUGGAUAUCAUCUCGCCUACGCUCUGUUCUACUGGGGAUUGGAAGACACGUUUCUGUAUGAGUGCUUUGACUUCGUCGGGAUCGGCAUGCAGGCCAAGCAUUUUCGUGCCAUUGCUGCCGUUAACCUCACGCUGGCAGCGAUGCAUUGCAUCUGUGCCAUGCUAAUGUUUGUUGGCUCGAUUUAUCACGGGAGAUUGGUCUAUUCACCUUGGCUAAAUGACAAGAAGGCCUCCAAAGAAAUAUUCGGCCUAGAAAUUACCGACGGCAGCUUGGUAUUUCGUCUCAGAAGUUUUAUUUCUCAGCUGUACGGGAAAGUUUUGGCUCGUCAAGGACUUCUCGGGGUGAAUGGAUCCAAAUUUCAUACAAUCCUGAUCGCCCGUAAACUUGCCGAGACAACGCUCCAGUCAGUGCAAGCUUACCGAAUGAGUUGGCUACUUCCUCGCAUGACACUGAACCGAUCUUUUGUGACUCAACUGUUGGUCUUCGUUUGCCAUUUACUCGUGCCGGUAGCUGUCGUGCUCAGCUACGUUGGUGAUUACAACCCGCAGAUCGCAGGUUUUCCGAUGGAGAAAUGGUACGACGACGAUUGGUUUGCUCAUGCCAUAAGCGAGUUUCAGAUGAUCGUCGUGGUUUCUUGGCCGGAUCUAGUCAGUCGAAGUAUUUUUUCUCUCGGAGUUGUGUUUUCUACCACGAAUAUGAAGGAACUUUUACGUCCCGCGCCAACUGUGAGUAGUCGAAUUGCCUGCGAUACGGUUGCUGUGAAGCCAAUCCGUGACACCCCACACCCAAAGAGCAGUGCACCCCCAACGCUUGACUUGGAGCCACCGAUAUCUAACAAUUGCAGUCGAACUAUUCUAUCUGAGCGCAGGUUACGGAGAGCAGUGUAUAUAUUGCUGCUUUUGUGGGGUGUCGUUGUGCUUGCCCUUCACGCCCAAGCUUCAGUUAGACCAGCAUUACCUCAAUGCCUACUUCAAGUAUACCCCUGGGGAGUAUCAGCGCAAGCUUGCUAUCUGGUGGACCUCAACUGUGAACAACUGGGUAUCUACGGUAAGCAGCACCAACUCGAAGAGAAGUGGGGCGAAUUCGAUAGAUCGAACGCGAUUAUACUAGUGAUUCGCCACUGUCCGUCCCUUGAGAUGCCCGACUCACUCCAAGACUUUUCCCACGCGAGGAUUGUCAAGAUUUUCGACUCAACCAUAGACAGUUGGAGCGCUUCUGCUGCCCUAACAAACACAAACCACCCGAGUAUGAUGUGGCUGUACUUGACUCGAGUUAAUAUGACUGGAGGCGUUCUGUAUGCAGGUCUUCAGUCCUCCGAUUUCCCGCACAAACUGUUAGAUAUUGAGCUCUACUUUACAAAUUUGAGGUCUCUACCCGACGAUUUGGACUCCAAGUGGAUAGUUGGAACUUUCAUUUAUAUCGAGUACAGCCAGCUUACCUCUGCUCUGGUACGUUUGGAGCCCACUCACCUAAUUCUGACUGGGAAUCCCAUCGCUGAGUUACCGCCAGAAGUCUUUGAGAUCAAUGGCAUACAAGUCUUGGGCGUAGGGGGGACUGAACUACUGGAGCUGCCUCGAAAUGUGACCAAGUUCUCACCGACACUCAGAUCAAUUUACAUGACAGAUACAGACAUUUCGUUCCUUUGGCAAUGGAUCGAUCCCUUUGUAACUAAGAGUUUAGCUCUGGAAGGGUGGUCCUUGUUCAUGGCUGGAUCGAUGUAUUGCAAGGAGCUCGAUCGAAUCAGCAGCGGCGAGACUGACGCGUUUAGCUCCAUGCAAUUGAGUGGAUAUUCGGAACUGCUCAUGGAUCCAUAUAGGCAAAAUCGGGAUGUGAUUCUCCACACCGUCAGCUGCACUCCAGGCUACACUGCAGACACGUAUCAAAUUGACGUCGCGUACAGUGGGUAG